AUAGAGUUUGUAUAGUCGUUUGAACAUAAGCGGGCACUUACAUUUCUCAUUUCUUCGUAUGAUACCCCAGCGAGUACAAGUGUUGUCGCUUUUUCGUACAGGUCCUUUUUUUGAUCCGGUGUUGCAAUGCAAUGCCCAAUGAUAAGCCAGAAUUGUAUACUUGUAUUGCACUGUUCAUACUGCUCAUUCAAUACACUUCUUUUAUCAAAUCUCAUCAAUCACUUCAAGACUGCCCACUCAAGUGCAAACUGUUUGUUUAGUUUGUAUCAGUGUCGUCAUUGUCAAUUAAUAUCAACAUCUUGUCCCGUUCUUACGGAACAUUCUUUAAUCAAUCAUAUAGAAAAGGAGGUGUCUAUUCAGUGUAUAUAUCAGAAUCAUUCAGGAAAUCCAAUCUUUACUGGGGAAGCAAUGUACGAAUGCUUGCUUUGUUCAUUCAAAGCUAAAGAAGUUAAAAAUUUAACUUUACAUUAUUUCGCUUUUCAUGGUAUCAAAAAUGCCAGUCCAAAUUUGACCAAGCAUUUAACUUACGAUUAUUCAUCAGGAUUAAAUUACAAUUUUCAUGAUGCAAAAUCGUUGUUUAUGGGUGAUAAACGAAAUGCAUUUGUCGAUCUUAAUCAAGAUGAUGGCGAAAUGAGUUCUCAUUCAGUUGGAACAGAAAGUGGUCGAUUUUCGAGGGGAUCUCAUCUUAGUUCAUCCCAAGUCAACCGAAGUUUAAUGCCAUAUAAAUGUACACACUGCGGCAACGCUUAUCACAAACGAAAGUAUUUUGCUGAACAUGUUUUCUCCUGUUCCAAAUCUUUGCAAUUAACUUGCCCAUGUGGCCGUGUUUGUAAAUGGCGAUCGAAUUUCUAUGCACAUAGGAAAUCAUGCCCCGUUUAUAAGCAACUUGUAACUGGAGGCAGUCAUCUCUCUGUCUUUCGUCGUCGAGGUUUGACUUUGUCUAAAUCAAGCAUUAAUGAUGAUUCUGAAAGUAUUACUAAAGAAUCAGUUAGUUCUAACGAACAUCUGCUUGAUAUGUCAACUAAUCCCAAAGAUGCUUCUACUGUAAAUCUAAUUGGUGGAAAUGAUUUAACUUCCUUAGUUUCUUCAUCUUCUACACCCGAAGUUACUCCCCAAUCUAAUGCAGAUUCUAGCAUUGAUGUAUUUGGAAAUCAUUCUGAUUCCCUUCAAACCUCUCUCACCUACAUAACUCCAGUUUCAUCUCUAGCCACAUCUGUCCCGACUUUCGUUUCUAAUGAAAAUAUUGGAACAAAUAAUCUAAAUCAUGUAUCUAGUAAUUCGAUGGUCACAUCUGCCUCUAUUAUUCAUGCAUUAAGUCAAACUUCUAAUUUGUCCGUAUUAGUUGACACACGUUGCCCCGUCAGUAAUUAUCCUUCAAAUCAGAUAAAUGAAUGCACCGCCACUAAUGCGGAAGGUGGAUUUAUUCAAUGUGUAUCAUCAAAAGGUGAACCACUCAUCAUGUUUCCUGGUAUGUAAUUUGAAAAACUUAAAUGCAUAAUUUUACUCUCCGGUCAACUAUAUAAAUAAUACGCAUGCCGCAACACUCAGUUGAAAAUUCCAAGAAAUCAAAAAGCUUUAAAACUACUUUCACAGUAUAUCUUCUUGUAAGAACGAAUUAAUUUCUUUUCUUAUUGAUUUCUUUUUUUCAUGUAACUCCCGUGUAUAAAGUUGUCCUUUAUUAUGCCAUUUUGUUUAAAUUAUCGCUUCUAUCUUCAAUAUUUGCAUUGUUCAUGAAGGAAUCAGUGGAAUAAAUGUCGUCACAAGUUUGUAACAAUUUAGAUUUCGUGCAAAUAUAAUAUAUUCUUUUUUUAAGAAAUUUCAACCUAUAGACAAAGUUUGCAAUACUUAUGUUUUUUUAAUUGAGCAAAAAAAUUCAUGUUUUUUAAUUGUACAACCGUAAGAAGAACACAUUUAGGCUUUAAUUAAGCUGACAUCUUUUAAUGUUAAUUUAUGGUGUAAAAAACAUUUGUCAUUCAAUUUGGAAACUUUCUUACAUAAAUAGAUCAUGUUUUGUAAAUUGAUUGACGACUAGUUAAAUGACAAUGUGAACAAGAUAGUAUUUAGUAAAAAAAUAUGUUAUUU